GGCAGCAAAUACGGAGAGCGGAAAAAGCGAGCCGGGAAAAGCGAGAAGGCAGCCGCGGAAGAGCUGCGUUGAAAGAGCGCUGCGCGUUAAAACACAUCGCAGCCGGAGCCCUUAGAUGAGCACCGAGCAGCAGCAGCAGCAGCAGCGCUAACCAGCCGCGGGAGCAAGCAGAAGCAAAUGCCAAGCGCAGUCUCUCUCUCUCUCUGAAUGUAUAUGCAUAAUAUCCUUAGCUUGAUUUAAACACCUCCAGCUCACGCAUCAUGGUUUUGCAAACUAAGCUCCCUUCUUGGAUUAUUUUGUGUAACAUCUGGCUGCUUCAGUUUGCACACACGGGGGAGGCACAGGCUGCGAAAGAAGUAAUAUUGCUGGAUUCUAAAGCACAACAGACAGAUUUGGAAUGGAUUUCUUCUCCUCCCAAUGGGUGGGAAGAAAUUAGUGGACUGGAUGAAAACUACACACCUAUACGAACAUACCAGGUAUGCCAAGUCAUGGAACCCAACCAAAAUAAUUGGCUGCGGACUAACUGGAUCACGAAAGGCAAUGCACAAAGGAUUUUUGUAGAACUAAAAUUCACUCUGAGGGAUUGUAAUAGCCUUCCUGGAGUCCUGGGGACAUGUAAAGAAACGUUCAACUUGCAUUAUUAUGAAACAGACUAUGACACUGGAAGGAGUAUCAGAGAAAGCCAGUAUGUAAAAAUAGACACUAUUGCGGCUGAUGAAAGCUUUACCCAAGGUGACCUUGGGGAGAGGAAAAUGAAACUCAAUACAGAAGUGAGAGAGAUUGGACCUCUGUCCAAGAAAGGAUUCUACCUUGCAUUUCAGGAUGUAGGGGCUUGCAUUGCUCUGGUUUCUGUCAAAGUGUACUAUAAGAAGUGCUGGUCCAUUAUUGAGAACUUAGCGAUUUUUCCAGACACAGUAACUGGGUCAGAGUUCUCCUCCUUAGUUGAGGUCCGAGGAACCUGUGUCAGUAAUGCGGAAGAAGAAGCAGAAAACUCUCCCAGAAUGCAUUGUAGUGCAGAAGGAGAAUGGUUAGUGCCAAUUGGGAAGUGUAUCUGCAAAGCUGGCUUCCAGCAAAAAGGAGACACGUGCGAACCCUGUGGACGUGGAUUCUAUAAGUCAUCUUCACAAGAUUUGCAGUGCUCCCGCUGCCCAAUGCACAGUUUUUCAGACAGGGAAGGAUCUUCGCGAUGUGAUUGUGAAGACAGCUAUUACAGAGCACCUACUGACCCACCAUAUGUUGCAUGCACAAGGCCGCCAUCUGCACCACAGAACCUUAUUUUCAAUAUUAACCAAACUACUGUGAGUUUGGAGUGGAGCCCUCCUGCUGAUAACGGAGGAAGAAAUGACGUGACCUACAGGGUAUUAUGCAAGAGGUGCAGCUGGGAACAGGGUGAAUGUGUUCCCUGUGGGAGCAAUGUUGGAUAUAUGCCCCAGCAAACUGGAUUAGUAGACAACUAUGUCACCGUCAUGGACCUGUUGGCUCAUGCUAACUAUACUUUUGAAGUUGAAGCUUUAAAUGGUGUCUCCGACUUAAGCCGUUCCCAGAGGCUUUUUGCAGCUGUUACCGUUACCACUGGUCAAGCAGGUAAGUCGUCAUAUUUUACAGCACGUAGAACAAAGAGAACUAUAUUGUUAACAACUGAAAGGAGGCUUAUAGGCUCACUGCACAAAAAUGCAUCCAUCUCUACAUCACCAGUAGCAUGUUAUUGGUGUGAUCUGUUUGCAUAG